CAUGUUCAUAACAUGACAUAAGUGGUUAAAUUGUUUGUGAUGGAGUUUAAAUGUUUCAUUUUCACAAUUUUUCUGCUGCUGAAACUAUGUUCAACGAUAGACCAAGCAUCAUUUUACGGAAACAGCUACAUUUCGGUGCCGUUCAAAGAGGCGAAAAGUUCGACGGACAUCACCUUCAAAUUUCGCACGUACUUGUCGAAUACGUUGAUUUUGUUGGUUGCUGGAACGACGGAUUAUUGCAUGGUGCAACUUGAAAACAGUCGGAUUAAAGUUAUUAUCAAUUUAGGUGCUGGUGAAUCUGAGUUAUUAUCGCCGGCUAAUGCCAAAUUUAGCGACUAUAAAUGGCAUGAGGUUGUUAUUGAAAGGAGGGAGGCAAAUUUGUCUCUGAUGGUUGACAAAAUUCAUAAAGCACGCAAACAUCUUCCAGGCAAAUUUUUCGAACUGAACAUCUUCUAUGGCCUCUUCAUCGGAGACCACAGCCGCAGGAACAAUACUGACAUGUUCUUCGGCCAUGUCAGGAAGUUCAGAGGCUGUCUGUCCGAGCUUAAAUACAACGGCAUGGCGGUAUUGGAGCAGGCGAGACGUCGACAAUCACAGGCGAACGUACAGGGUGUUACAUGGAAUUGCGCCGCCGAAUUUGAGGCGGGUCACGACCGUGCCAUAAGCUUUGUGGAGGACGAUUCGUAUAUGAUAAUACCUCAGGCCAAAACCCAAAAGGACGUUAGGAUACAGUUCGAAAUUAGGACGGUCAGUCGUGAUGGGUUGUUGUUUUACAACACGGGGAUGAAGCAGGACUACUUGUCCAUUAGGCUGGACGACUACGCCGUGACGGCGACGAUAAAAAUCAACGACAAGUCGGUGAAGCUCACCAACCAGGAAGAAGUAUCGGACGGAGAGUGGCACAAAAUUAUUUUUCGCACAACAUCAAACAACGUACAACUGAUAGUAGACGAUAGAGUAACCGAAACGAAUAACUUACGACACAACUUUCAAUUCGCCGAUAGUUCCUACUUAGGGGGUCUGGAAGUCAACAAGCGAUUCAGGGCGUCACAGAAAGGUUGUAGCAAAUGUGAUAUUAGUUUUAAAGGUUGUGUGCGGCACUUCAGUUCGCUGGACACAAGAAGGGGAUUACCCGACGCCCACGUCACGGAAGGGAUACUUCCGGGAUGUAUGUGGCAUUAUCCCUGCCUACAAAAUCCCUGCAAGGAUAACGGCACGUGCGUCCAACAGGGUCUGGACUCGUUUCAGUGUCACUGCAAGGAGGACCUGUGCGUAAAAUCCAACUACACCGAAGGCUACAAAGUGUUCUCCAAGAACAGCCUGGCCACCGAACUGGAACUCCUUGCCGUGGAGCCUCUCGAAGUCGUGGAGGGCCAGAACCAGAAAAUAACAACGGGCAACCUGCACAUGAUACUCGACUAUCAAAAAUACGGAAUCAAGGACUCGGGAAUUAAUUUUUUUAUUGUCGAAGGACCGGAACAUGGAAGCAUCACGAUCGAUAUAUGGCCCCGCGAGAAAAAUGCCUUCUCUUUAUCCGACAUAGCGAGGGAUAAAAUAUUUUACGUUCACGACGGCUCCGAAAAUACGCACGACACUCUGGUCCUGGAAGUCGAGUUCUCUCCCGCGGACAGUUUCAUUUUGCCGGUCUAUUUGCAGGGCAAGUUCAGGUUUAGCUUGUCGGCCAAUAUUUUGCCCAAAAAUGAUCCGCCUUUACUCGAAAUUAACGAAAACGUCGUCCUCAGAAUUGUCCAGGGAACGAAAAAAGUUGUAUCAUCUGAAGUGUUAAAUGCACUGGAUCCAGAUAAUCCUCCAUCACAUUUGGUGUACACCAUCCUGAAAACGGAGUCGGGGCAUUUCGAAAACGCCAAUAAACCAGGCACAAAGACCACCUCGUUUACUCAAGAAGAUGUCGACAAAGAAAAAAUAAUUUAUUUUGAUAGGACCCCUUCUGGGAUAAACGACUCGUACAUAUCGUUGCAAAUCUCCGACGGCAUAGAGACCAGUCCCGUGUACAAAGUGAGGGUGUCGAUUUCGCCGCAAUAUUGGCGAUUGGAGAACAACACCGGUCUAAUUGUGCUGCACCAGACGUCAUCGAUCAUAACACCUCAGAAUUUGAGUUUCACAUCGAACGUGGGGAAUGUGGAUUAUCGCGCUCAAUUUAACAUCGUAAAAAAGCCCCACUAUGGAGUUAUUGAAGUGGAAAGAAACGUAAACUCCUGGGAAGUUUCUGAUAUAUUUAAUACGAACGACCUUAAACAACAUCAAGUCAGAUACCGACACAUACAUUCCAAGCCGGAAUUCGACGAGUUUCAAUUCAAGACAUCAUUCGACAAGAAUUCGGUGUACACAUUCAGGCUAACGUUCGCAAAAUGCACUCUACACAAGAUAAACAUCAAGCCAAUAAUGUUGAAUGAAAUCUGGGAGACCUCCAUAUCGACGAAGCACUUGUCUUUUGAGACGCAACCCCUAAAAACAUUAGCAUCCAUAGAUUACGUUAUAGUAAAGCCCCCAAUUUAUGGAUAUUUAUUUUCCGCUGUAUCAAAAUAUCGAUUACGUUCGUGCGAUAUGUUCAAGCAAGAGGACUUGGCCUCGGAAAAUAUAAAAUAUAAAUUACAUCAAAAAGGGUAUUCAUACGUUGAAGACAGUUUUUCAUUUGUGGUUUUAUCUCCGGGCUGUAACAAUGUGACUGGAAAUUUGACGAUUAAAUAUUUGCCAUCAGACGACGUAAAAUCAAAAGUGAGGGUGAAUCUGAGACCAUUAAACGUGGAGGAGGGUUCCACCGCCCUAAUAGAUGCUAACCAUCUUUACCUCCAGGCUGAUUUCAUAAACGACGUACUUUUUAAUAUAACAGAAAAGCCUGCGAACGGUAUCCUCCAGGUUAAAAGAGGAGACGUUAUUAAAAACGAUACGUCCUACUUUACGAUCAACGAAAUCGCAAAUAACAUGCUGUCUUAUGCCCAUGACGGGUCGGAAACCAUAAAAGAUAAAUUUAAAUUCUUCGCUUUGUCAGCAAAUGAACAGAACUUCGAGUAUGUCGAGACGUUUCAUAUAAACGUGGAAUUGAAAAAUGACAAUAGUCCGACAAGAGCAAUAGACAAAAUAUUCCACAUUGUCGUAGGAGGUGACAGGCUGGUAACUGGAAAUGACCUCAAAUACGUUGAUGCAGAUCUAAACACAUCACCUGCAUCCAUCAUUUACACUUGCAGAGAGUCUCCAAACGGCAACUUCUACAAUAUCAAAAAUCAAAGUACAAAAUUAAACGAGUUUUCUCAAGAAGAUUUGGACAAUAAUAAAAUUCUAUUCAGGCAUAAGGGACCCGAAUAUGGCAAGGUGAGACUUUGGGUGACGGACGGUAAAUUCCACGUGAAUGGUGUACUGGAAAUUCAAGCUUCAGCACCUUUCAUACACGCAGUUAUGAACAGGAAGAUCAUUGUAGAACAGAACAAAUUGGCUGUGAUCACAAAUGAACAACUUUCUUAUUCUACAAAUCUGUUCGCUGACGACGAAGACGUUUCUUACGAAGUCGUCGAGAAACCACAUUCAGGGAAGAUUGUCUACACCAACACGUUGCAGAAUGUGGUGAAUUUCACUCAGGAGGACGUCAAUUCAAGGCGUGUGGGCUACUUGAACGAAAACUCGAGGAAUAAUGACAACGCCGAUGAAAUAUACAUUAAAAUUCGUUGUAAAGAUGCUGUUAACCUUGCUCAAUUAGGUGUUUGGAUAUUACCACCUGCAUAUUGGGAACCACUGCAGGUUAAGAGCGUUAGAAGAUUGUUGGUUGAAGAGUCAACAAGCGGAUUGAUAACGAAGAAGAUUUUGGAAGUAUCUCAGCCAACAGUCCCCGCAACAUCAAUAGUGUAUCACAUGAAUGAAAUGCCCGAUUAUGGCUACAUAACAAUCUUAUCCGACAUGAAGAACAGUGAGCCAAUGAAUGUGAUAACAUUCACCCAAGACAUGAUCAACGAAAACAAAAUCCUUUACAUUCAAUCAGUCAGCAAUCAAACAAAAGACAAUAUUGUGUUCAACGUGACCAACGGCAUAGUGUGGCACACAAACUUAAAGCUCAACAUUGAAAUAAUCCCUGAAAGACUGUACAUGGGUACUAAUAAUCUAAUAGUCAACGAAAAUGGCAUAUCCGCCAUAACUACAACGCAUAUAUACGUUCUUACUGACUACUAUAAAUCAAAAAUAACUUCCUACAUUAUAUCAAAAGGUCCACAGUUCGGCUGUAUUCAAGUGCACAAGCAUUGCAUCAAAACCAACAUGUUUUCUCAAAAGGAGCUGAAUGCUGGUAUGGUCAAAUAUCAACAUCAUGGCAGUGAAAACCACGAAGACGAAAUAGAACUAAUAGCUAAAACUGAUCAAAAGAGUAGUAUACCAGCAGUACUUAAAAUUACAGUGGUGCCCGUCAACAAUCAAAAACCUAAGCUAAUCAACAACACUGGACUGACCAUGUGGGAAGGAGGUGUCGCAGUUAUCACCAAUGAUAUGCUUGCUGCUAUUGAUGAAGACAGACCUCCGGACACAUUGAAGUACCAGGUGCAAAGUUGUUGGUGGGGAAACGUAGCUCUAUUAUCUGAUACUGGCACCACACUAAACUAUUUUACUCAAGACUCUAUAAACAAAGGAAUGAUUGUCUUUAGACACCAAAACGGAACUGAGGCAAGAUUUAAAUUCAACGUCAGUGAUGGCCUUCAUACUACCAAGGACUACCUAUUUCACAUAAAAACUAAACCGGUCGAAGUAAAAAUUCGAAGCAGACCUCUCCACAUAUUCCCCCUUCAACGAAAAUAUUUGACAUCAUCACAUUUACUGACGUCUAUAUCUGACCCUGAUAGAGUCGUGUAUUACGAAGUUGUAGUACCUCCAUCGCUUGGUAGACUAAUGAUGGACAACUCAGGUGUUAUUAAAGUGGUGUCGAACUUCACACAACAGGAUUUGAACAAUACUAGGGUAUAUUACGAACACACUCACCAAUUUUCUGAUUUAUACGCCAAUGACUCUUUCGUAUUUAAUGUUAAAGCUCACCUAGCACCAACCCUAACCAACCAGGUGCUAAAAAUUGACAUAUCAGUGUCUUCAGGCGGGUUGGACGCCUACGUCAACAUACCAAAGAUAACAGUGGACGAAGGAGCAAUGACAAACAUAGUUCUGAAUUUAUCUGGAGUGGUGUCCUUUUUGGAGAGUCACGCCGGCCUGAGGGCUCCGAUAAUUCACGCUUCCGCCAGUCCAACGCAGCACGGACAAGUUUUCUUACAGAAUAAUCAAUCAUUCACCACAUUCACUCAACAGCAAUUAGAAUCCGGACAAGUUUACUACGAACAUGACCAUUCCGAUUCGUUAGGCGACAACAUACAUUUUUCAUUAUAUCUUCUUCCUGGUUAUGUAAUCCUAUGCAAUAUCACAGUGCCUGUGAUCGUUAAUCCUAUAAAUGAUCAGCCGUUUAACCUGAUCACACCAGUUCCAAGUUUAACCGUUGUGCAAGGAGAGAAUCACACCAUCACCAAAAAUGAGUUGGCUACGGAAGAUGCGGACACACCUCCAUCUAAGUUGAAGUAUAUUAUAAUAUCCGGGCCAUCCCACGGCAAGUUGGUGUUAGUGCCGGAGACAGAACCCACCAUGUACUUCACCCAGGAAGAUAUUGAUGACAAUAAAUUGGUUUACGUACAUCAAGGUUCCGUUUUGAUGGACUCUUUCCACUUCAGGGUGUCGGACGGAAAAUUCAGGCCCGAGUUUAAGGUGUUUAAUAUAAUGGUCACGCCAAUAAAUAUAACUAUAAGUGCUGGCUUACCCGUGUUUUUGCAACAAGGCUCUGACGUCGCCAACUUGUAUGAAAAACAAUUUUUCAUUGAAACUAACGCCGACAAAUAUAAAGUUAAAUAUACAGUGAAGCAACCUCCAAAACACGGCAACAUAUACAUGAACGACAAGCCUCAAAUGACGUUCACCCAAGAAGACCUCAGAGAUGAACGUGUAAUGUAUUUGCAGACGGAUAUGACCACCGCUAACGACACCCUUACGGUCCUCGGAGAAAUUCAGUCCGGCAACGUAUCGUACGGCGGUGAAGUUGACGUGUUCAUUAAAGUGCAACCUCUGAUGCAAAUUAAUAAUUUCACGGCGAUAGCCGGCGAACUCAACAAAAUCACUUUGAACACAUUGGACGCCACUCCUCUAACGAAACUUGCUCCUAAUCCGCGGUACACUAUCUUAAAUCUACCUCAGUACGGACAAAUUAGAAAAAUCAUACGAAGCUCAGGUGAAAAACGGAACGUUUUGAAUACUGUAGUGACUAGUUUUUCACACGAAGAAGUUCAGAGCGGGUUAAUUUACUUGGACGUCAAAGAUAUCGAAGUUCCUUGGAAUGGUUUGCAAGACAGAAUAGUUUUUAUGCUAGCUGCUAGUAUAUUCCAACCGGCCAUUGGUGAAUUGAAAAUUAAUAUAAGAUCUUCUCUAAAUAACGACAUUUACUCAACAUUAGCUGGACCUAGUGAUCCGGCUGGACAUGAAGGUGGACUACAUUUAGCCAGUCCCAACAUGACAAGAGAUUACUUAUUGAUUGUGAGCAUGGUAGUGGGUGUGAUAAUACUUGGAAUUGCAGUGAUAAUAAUAAUCAAAUGUAGAUCAUUAGAAGUGGAGGAGCUGAACAAAGAAGAACAAUGUAUGCAACCAAUACCGUUACCCAGACCUCCAGAUAGACUGAUGACAUCUUCGCCACCUUUAAAGCAACAUUUGGAUGGGUACAGUACCCCUCUUUCCACAGCAUUGCCGCAGUGCAAAGUCACACCUUUAAGUAGAAGUGACUUAGACUCUCAUGCAUGUUAUCCGUAUGGUGUCGACGAACAGCCAGACGACUGGAGCAGCUGUGACGCAUCUGAACCCCAUUGCCCUAGCAAAAACAUAAUGCUACGUAGGAAUCAGUAUUGGGUCUGAUGAAUAGACAGUUCUAUACAUACCAGUGUAUGUAUAUGUGUGAAAUUUCUUUUAUAAUCUUUUUAAUAUAGACAAUUUUUAUACAAAUUAGUUUUCUAGUGAAGAAGGAACAAGUCAUACCAAGUCAUGACUCAUUUCAAAACUAUAAGCUAAGUUUCUGUUAUAAAUGGGUGGUUUUAUAUAUAAUUUUUGUACAAUAUUUAUAAAACAAAUUCAGUUUAUAAUCUACCCAUUGUAAAACACAAUUAAUAGUACAAUUAUAUUUGUAUUGUUAAAUAAUUGAAUCAAAAUCUUCAGAAGCAAAUUUUAUGUACAUAAAAGUAAUAAAUUCGUUUUCAAAUUUCCAGUCUUCACAUAUCACAUCCCUUAAAUAUUUAAACGAAAUCAAAGUUGAUAGAAAUUAAAUAUGUAUAUUUUACAUCACAAAAGACCAAAUACUGUUCAUCCGCCUUUCACAAAACUUACAAACAUUCUGUAUGGCUGGUUCCUAAUGUUGUUUUUUAAUAUAAAGAUUAUGCUAUAGAGAUGUAUCAAGCACAAUAUGUUAUAUGUUUUAUCAUGUUUGUUUAAGAUAAAUAAACAUACAAUUUUUAAAGUA